UGCUUGAAUAUCUGGGUUACCUGUUUCUGCCAUCUAAUUAUUCAACAAGUUAUCUGUUUUUACAUUUGUUUUAACUUAUCAUUAUGUCUAUUAGUCGCAUAUUCUAUUUAGGCGCUUUUAUAAAAAGCCUACGACCUUUCGCUGCACAAGUUACAAAAAGUACUAUAAAAGACAUCGUGAAAGAAAAUGAACGAAUUUUCGGUCUUAUAUGAUGAUGUUUGUCAGCGUGUUUCACGAUCCCUUAUGGAAGCACUGAAACCGUUUGACGGUAUCGAUACAGUUGCUACUCAUGGUGGAUAUAAUCCAGUGUAUUUAGAGGAAGUGGGGCGUCCUGUUGUCCCGCCAAUAACUUUGUCGUCUACUUUCCAACAGCUUUCUCCUGGUGUUGCAAAAUAUGACUAUUCUAGGUCUGGGAAUUUCUCUCGGGAGUGUUUGGAAAAGUGCAUAGCAUCUCUGGAAGAUGGCCAUGACUGCUGCGUCUUUAGUUCUGGUCUUGCAGCCUUAGGAACUCUCAUUCAGGUCUUAUCAAGUGAUGACCACAUCGUUGCGUUCGAUGAUCUAUACGGAGGAAAUGGACGAUAUCUGCGUCGACUUGCUUCGAAAUCUGGAAUAACAACUACUUUCGUUGACAUGCGUGACUUGAAUUUGUUUCAACAGGCGUUACAGAAAAACACUCGCUUAGUCCUUAUAGAAUCUCCAUCAAAUCCUUUAAUGCGUCUGGUCGAUAUAAGUGCUGUUGCGUCUAUCGCUCAUGAGUUUAACAAAGAAAUUAUUGUUGUUGUUGACAAUACUUUCAUGAGUUCUUAUUUUCAACGUCCACUUGAUCAUGGAGCAAAUGUUGUCCUACACUCUCUCACAAAGUAUAUGAAUGGACUGGGAAAAUUCGGGUUUUACGAAGUGUUCAAACACAUAUACAACGGUUUCCUAUCUGAAGAAAACGCGUAUUUAUGGAGAACAUCUGUGUACCUGGCGGCCAGUGCCAGUGCAGAAUUUUUCGCUGAUAUUAUGCUUUGUCCCAUGGAAGCUGUGAAAGUACGAAUACAAACAAUGCCGGGUUGGGCUAGUACACUCAGAGAAGGUGUACCAAAAAUGUACAGAAAUGAAGGCCUUGUUGGAUUCUACAAGGGUCUUCCUCCGCUAUGGGGACGACAAAUCCCGUACACAAUGAUGAAGUUCGCUUGCUUCGAACGCACUGUGGAAGCAUUGUACAAGCAUGUUGUACCAAAACCACGCGAAAAAUGUUCAAAAAGUGAACAGUUAGUUGUAACUUUUGCAGCGGGUUACAUCGCGGGUGUAUUUUGUGCUAUCGUAUCCCAUCCUCCUGACACAAUAGUGUCGAAAUUAAAUAAGGAUCCAAAUGCACGCCUGGUGGAAGUUGCCAAAAAUUUGGGGCUAAUGGGUAUGUGGAGCGGAUUGGGUCCUCGUAUUAUCAUGAUUGGAACAUUAACAGCCUUACAAUGGUUCAUUUAUGAUGGCUUUAAAGUAGCAAUGCAGUUGCCGCGUCCCCCACCUCCAUCUAUGCCGGAGUCGUUGAAGAACGGUUUCAAUGUUGUUUAGUUUUAUUGGUGACGACGAAUAUAAUAAAUCAUCUGUAUUAAGUACCUCUGUUACCUGUUCUACUGGGGACCAAUUAAUUUGUGAGUCAAAAGAACUGUUGGAAGCAGUAGAGAAACAACCGUUUUUUAAUCUGUCCACAUCACUAUAGGUGCCCAUUUUUUCAGUGGUUUGGGUAGACUUAAUAAUAUCACCCAGCUCUGUCCCUAAAGAGAGUUUUGUUUCAAAAGUAAAAAGGUCGACUGAUUUGUGGAAACCGCUCAACUGCUGAAAUGGUGAACCAGCAAAAAUAACACUUUGGGUAGUAGUAGGAAGCUGAGGAUUCGUUAGUUCUUCAUCUAAUAAAGUUGAUG